AAGAAGUCGGUGGUCCCAGUGCGUCACCGUGAGGCUCUCAGGAGCGGAGGGGCUCUGCAGAAAAGCCUCUCAGUCACCAGUGAGGCAGGAGCAGCAGGAGCGGGGCGCGGAGCUGCUGCACGCAGCACAUCCUCUGAUGCGUUUUGCAAGGUUUUUCUGGCUGCAUAUGGCACGCGUACUGGAGAUUUAUUUACCGACUUCGCUUGGCACCGCACGAUAUAUUCCACGAGGAGGGAAGAUAUGAAGCAUUUUUAUGCGUGAUUAGAGGGGGUGGGGUUUUCUCUUUUUUUUUUGUAUAUAUAUUUUUUGAAAUUUUAUUCUAUCUCAGUUUUGUUAGAUACUUAAAGUAUUUUUCUUCUUCUUCUUCAAUGUUUAAGGUGAUUUCUUUCCAAAGCGCACAGAGCCACAACCUCUCUCUGUCAUGGAAAACCUCACGGUGGAUGACAUAACUCUAGAGAAUGACACGUCGGUGCCUGACAACCAGACUCUGGGCGUUUGGACCGACAACUCUUUCGAAUACAAGGCGGUCAGCGUGUUCCUGGUGUCCCUCAUCUGCGGCGCGGGGAUCGUGGGCAACGUCAUGGUCAUCCUGGUGGUCCUGACCACCAAGCACAUGCGAACUCCCACCAACUGCUACCUGGUGAGCCUGGCGGCCGCCGACCUCAUGGUCCUGACGGCCGCCGGGCUGCCCAACAUCAGCGACGCCCUGUGCGGGCAGUGGGUGUACGGCUACGCGGGCUGCCUGGGGAUCACCUACUUCCAGUAUCUGGGGAUAAACGCGUCCUCCUGCUCCAUCACCGCCUUCACCGUGGAGCGCUACAUCGCCAUCUGCCACCCCAUCAAAGCCCAGUUCCUGUGCACCUUGUCCCGGGCUAAGAAGAUCAUCAUGCUGGUGUGGGCUCUCACCUCGGUCUACUGCGUCAUGUGGCUGUUUCUGUCAGACACCAAAACGUUGGUGUACGACAACGUGGCGCUGCUCACCUGCGCCUACAAGGUGUCCAGGAGCCACUACCUGCCCAUCUACUUCACGGAUUUCGCCGUGUUUUACGUGCUGCCCCUCAUGCUGGCCACGGUGCUGUACGGGCUGAUCGCCAGGAUCCUCUUCCUCAACCCGCUGCCGUCCGACCCGAAGGGCGGCAGCAAGAAGUGGAAGAGGGAGGCGAGCCAGGGCGGCAGGAUGGUCGGCAGCAGCUCCUCCAGCAGCACCACGGCUGCCUCGCGCAGACAGGUGACGAAGAUGCUUGCCGUGGUCGUCGUCCUGUUCGCUCUGCUCUGGAUGCCCUACCGGACCUUAGUGGUGGUCAACUCCUUCCUAGGCAAACCCUACCUGGACACCUGGUUCCUGCUCUUCUGCCGUCUCUGCAUCUACCUAAACAGCGCCAUCAAUCCGGUGAUCUACAACGCCAUGUCGCAGAAGUUCCGCACCGCCUUCAAGAAGCUGUGCCACUGCGGCCCCCAGCGCACGGAGAAGCCCGCGUCCUACAGCGUGGCUCUUACCUACAGCGUCAUCAAGGAGACGUCCAACGGGGAAAGCCCGGACCACUUCACGACGGAAAUGGACGAGCUGCACUCGCCGUGCGACCAGUGCAUGCCUGCCGGAAUCUUACCGAGUGCCAAAAAGGUGCAGUACGUGGUGGAUGCCUCGUUCUCUGGCAGAGAAGUGAAUGCCUGAGUAGAGACAACUUUUGCGCCCAGAGUAAAUAUCGGAUUCCAACUGAAUGUAUUGUUGAGUUUAGUCAGGUUUAAGUUGAAGGCGCUCCGACAUGUCCAGCUUGAGUUCUCUCUCUUGUUCAUAUGUUGUUCGAUGAAACUAAAGUCCAUUUGCUGUCAUGUUUUGUGGGCUUUGAAUAUUUUGCACACAAUAAAUUAAGAGAACAAUUUUGAUUAAUCCAAAAUAGAGGGUAUAUGCAGUUAUGCUUAGUUAUUCAGAGAAAGCCUCAUAUGAGAUGACUAUGGGGAAAACCUGGAAGAUUACUGAUUAGAGGAGUUAAUGCACACAGCAGCAACUCUGUUCUAUGAUAAUCCAUCAAUCUAUUUUUUAUAGCCACUUCAUAUUUGGAGGGUGUUUGUGGAGUACGUUGCCUAUUAUUCGUGAUAAAUAGGCAACAAAGGGAUGUUAAAAGAAACAGACAUAUACUCUUACCUACGGGGAAUUCAGACAGCCCAAUUACCCCAUCAUGCAUGUUUUUGGGAUGUGUGAGGUACUUGGAGGUAAUCUACACAUGCACAGGGAGAAAAAGCUAAUUCCACACCAAAAAGACCCCAGCUGCAAUUUGAACUGAGGAACUCCUUGCUGCGAGGCACUGGGCCACUGUGCAACACUCUUCUGUAAAACACAGUCAAAAUUUGCCUUUGAAAUAGAUAUUUAGAGAUUCCACUGGCAAAAUUUAGCAACGACGUGACCAGUUUGGUUAAAGCUGGUCACCUCUUUAGCCUAUCCUGCCAUUCAUCUUACACAUGGACGAAUGAAUUGAUGACUAUGGUCGCUAUAGAGUGGUCCACAGCGAACACCUGGGGGCCUUUUUAUGUGAUGUUUCAGCUUUAUAAACAAUCAUACUUUUCAGUUGCACUGCUACAACAAAAAUCUUGUUUCCCCCGCCCAAUGUGUCACAUUUCCUCAGCAUCAGAUAAAACCGUAGGACCAUUUGCAGAUGCUAAUACUGAACACAUACUGUACGUAGGGGAGGAUUUACCAACUAUAGAAUCGUAAUUUUAUUGGUUCCAAAAGAUCCUUUGGUUUAAAUAAUCUCUUCCAAUUGGCCGACUACCACUACAGCUACACAAAUCUCCCAAAACAGUCCAUAAAAUAACAUGUCCUUUUUUUUUUUGUCUUCUCAGUAUCCAAAUUAUCAAUAGGCAACAGUUUUUGCUUUUUGGAAUUUGUCUUUAGUUUUUUUGAUCCCCCUGUUGAAUUGCAUUCAGUAUUAAUCACCACAGUAUGGGAGUAGUUUGUUCAUACCGAUGGCGUAGUUUGCACAGAUAAGUCAGGUGGUGUGUGGCUUAUUUAAUAAGAAGCAACGAUUUAAACCACUACAUUGUUGGGAAUCUCGUCUAAUCCUCUGAACUUUUUAAUACACCCCUGAAAGAGUGUUGCUCAAGGCACUUAUGCAUUCACUUCCCUUUUCUGGGUUUACAGUCCAAUGUUUGACCUUAGGCGAACAUCAUUUACACACUUUGCACGUUUGAUACACCAAGCCGGGGGAAAGCACCACUGCCACCAAGUCUGCUUUGCAGAUUUUUUUUUAUUAAAAAAAAAAAAAUCAAUUUCCAAUACAUGCAUUAUUCACUGAGUUAAUGAGAAAGAAACUCCGGAGCUAAAAGGUGUUGUGACGGAUAAUGUUUUAUUUAAUACAGAAUCAGACGCAGAUGUUGCAUUUUAACUGCCUCACAUGAAAACGUAAUGCAGAACCUUUCGAGAACUUUUCAUCAAGAUUAAAAUUUUGAUGCCUUAAAACUAAUUAGGUUUGGUAGAAUUUUGAAAUAUAAUGAAUACUUCAGCUGGUUGAAGGUAAUUAAAAAAAUGUUCUCCUUGUAAAACACAGAGGAUUUAGUCUAUUGACAUUCCAGUUAAAUGUUUUGUCCAUUUAGCUGAGAUUGCUUUAUUUCAAUGAGUUAGAACUGCGUCAAACAGAAAAUAAAUAAAUAAAUACAAUACCAUGGAAAAAGUUCACAAGCAUUCAUCAUUGGUAUAAAAUUCUAAUCAAAUUUAAGGCUUUUUUAGGAUGUGUUUGACUUGUUCUUGUUGAAGAAUGAUCACAUAAUUUAAAAAAAUACAAUUGGCAGCACAAAUGUAUAUUUUUGUGGCUUCUUCAAAUCCACAACAGGACAAAAUUGUACAUAAACAUAGCAACAUAAAAAUAAAUUCCUUAAACGUACUCAUUUGCUGCAAAAUCACUAAAAACAGAACCGUUGUCACGCAACUUUUCACAAACAGAAAUGCAGACACAUUGGAUCCCAGCACCUCCACUCCAUUUCAGCAACUCAUCUGAACAGUCCUGGCUCAGAAUCCAUUCAGUGCGAUUUUAAUAAUCCAAUUCAAGGCAACAUUCAUCAGGAGAAAAGUGUUUUUGCGACCGUCUUUAGGUGAAAAGGCUUUAGAGUUAUUUUGCUAGAGAGCGAGUCUACAAAGCCGAGUAGUAACUCUGCAAUGCCGCCGAGCGUCUAUCAAGAUAGACGCUCCGAUGUUUGAGGAAUUUAAAUGCGUCAAUGAAGCUCCUGUAUCUGCAACAUCAAAGUUUUAAACAUGUCAGAUGGCGAAAGCUACUGUUAUUUUACUUCUACUUUCUCAGUAGAAGCAACCUGCUGACAGACCAAUUACAGUCUGUCUUGAACCGAGUUCCUCGGUUGAACGAUGCGUUUUUACACCAUUUCUAAGCUGUCAGUGCGAGUAUGAACUGAUCGAGGGAGGCAUCCAGGUUCAGUUCUAUCAGGGGCAAAAUAACCAGGCAAAUCCCCGUCAGGCAGUCCUUUGAUUGGUAGAAAACAAACUAGUGGCUACUAUGGUGGAUAGUAAAACUAAUUAAAUGAAGAAAAGACAUAAACAUGCAACCACUGGAGGAUAUACAAUGCAACAUUACAAGCCAAAUCGAACAAUAGCUGCUGAAUAUGUUUGCUUGGAUCAGAUCUUUAAUGGUAUGAAAAUAUUUUGUUUGUUUUUAUGAUUUCUGGCUCAACAGAAUUCAAGGCAUUUGUUUUCCUCAAGGUUUUAAAAACUUCCUGAAAUGUCAAAAACAGUAAUAGGUACCAAAUAUUUCUCUUAGUUUCGACAUCAAAUUUAAAAAGUUCGUACUGUGACGACUUCAUGUCAGAUUCAUCCGUUUUUACCAAUACAUUUAGUUAAAUUAAGUCUUUGUUCUUUUGAGAAUAAAAAAAAUAUAUAUAAAAUGCUCGAAGCAUCCUUAAAGGACAAAAAUGUAUAUUCUUUGUACACUUUUCACCAGUGAAAUCCAAGUUCCUGAUUCAAUACUCAUUUCUUGAAGUCACUAUUAGACAAACGUUGUCAUUUCGUGUCAUUUUGCAACCAAUAUUCUACUGGGAUUCGACUGGAGUGGCAGAAUCCGUCCCUCUUUGCGUUUCCCGCUCCCCCACCUGAAGCCAUGUAAUCUAAAUGAAUCCAAACGAACACUGGCGUGACAUUUUAAUCUGGCUUCCGGAGGCAGAACCCAGAUGUCGAAUUACGUGACCUUUAACGGUGGACUCGGCAGAGAACGAAGCGGACACAUUUAGACACUCACUUAAACUUGCUGUGUCAAUUUAGAAUCACCUGAAUGCUAACGAUUCCCUUCCUCCGACGUGACAGACGCACCUCGGCGUCGCUUUGGUCGAGCUUGUGUGCGUCAGCGAGCGGCGAGCUGCAGUGAGGGAGAAACGUGUCCCUGCUGCUGCAGUAAGUCGUUUCAUUCAGUUUAUUUGUUCUCCACAAACCAAUGAUGAGACACGUAGCAGCAAGAUGACUUGAUGCAACCCAUUGUGCACCAUAUUUAGCAAAUUGAUGAGGUAGCUUAAAAAUACAUUUUGAAAAUAACCUCUAAACAGGUGUUAGACAUACUUAUCAUUAGUGGUGAUCGAUGCUGCAUAUUUUGAUAUCGAUCCAAUACCAUGUAAAGUAUCGUCGAUAUUGAUUGAUACCAGUACCGAUACUUAUUGUUUAACUAUGAAACCAUAAAGCAUCUGACCUCUACGCAAUUUUGUGUUUUUUCUCCUGGAUUUAAAAAAAAAAUUUAAUAAAUUAGGACAGAAUUUAGGUAAAGUCUCAACAUAAUAAUUUCAUAACAUAUAUUCAGAUGGUAAACAGAAACAUUACGAAAACAAAGCAUUUUUUGCGUUGUUUUUUAAUCAAACUGCAAAAAUUAUAAUUUAAGAGUGGAUGAACGCAAAAUCUUUUUUGUUGUACAGUUGAGAAAUCUACACAAUAUGUUUCACUUAGUAACUUUAGUCAUUAAAAUCAAAGGCAUUUUCAAGAAUAUUCUAAUUUGUUAAAUAUGACUGCAUGGCCGUGCCUGCUUGUGGAGGAGGAGUUUCGCAGUAUCUCUGAACUUCGGUUUUGUGUGUAGCUGAGUGGAAUACCCUGAUGAUUUGAACAUUUUUGUUAAAAUUAUCAUUAUGUGUGUCAGUAUAAUCUGAGACAGACAAUGUGUGAGAAGAUCCAUCUCCUCCACGUCCUCCCUGAGCUACUAUUGCCGUCAGAAGAAACGUACCGCUCCCAGUCAAAAACCAACCAAUCAGACCCAGGAGGAGGAUCUUAGUGCUGCCAGUCAUGUUUGUGUACGUCCACUCAAUGUGAUAAUGACGGAGAAACAACUUACCACUACAGGAAAACUGUUUAUCUGCAGUCAUUGGUGGCCAUGCUAACUAGCCUUAGCAUGCAUGGCAAAAUACCUUAUGGUGAGACCCUCCUCCUGGCUCUGAUUGGUUGUUUCUGACGGAGCAGGGUGUUUCUGAGGUCGUUGUAUCAUUGACACGGUAACUCUACAAAACUGGCUCACAAUUUUUUGACCCCAUGGUUGUUUAAAGCAGCCCACCUUCUUUCACAACAACACAAACCUAUGAAAUAAUGGUGAGGAACUUUGCAGUUUCUGCAUGUGACCUGUCUCCAAGAGAGACCAGCUAAUGAAAGGGACACACGUUCAAAUGUACGGCUGUGUUUUUUCGUUUUUUUGUGGGUUUUUUUUGUUUGUCUAUAUUGUAAAGUUAUUUGAAAACUUUUGUGCCGUGCAAUGUGAAAUUCAUGGAGUAUUGUACUUUUAAAUGUGCCUGAAAAGAAAAGGAAAAAAAACAACAACCUGUUUUGAUCAUUUCCUUAAAACUGUCUCAGUGCAGUGGGUGAAAGUUAAAUGCUAAGGUAGAAUAGAUGAGAAUAUUUGGAACCAAAAAGCUGUUUCAAGUUUGUGGUUUGUAAAGUACCUCACAGGUUCAUGCACAUUUUGAUUUCUGUUCGUUAUUAUUAUUAUUUUCCUACUUUUGACAAAUAGCAAACAGCUGUGAUCGGAGAUAUUUUGUGUUCUGCAUGCAGGUUGCUGCAAAAAAAACACACGACUUGCAACACGGGCAAGCCCACACACACACUACGUGAGCAAAUCCAGUGACUUUUUGCACGUUUGUAGUUUUCCUCUGCUGCUUCAUGGAUUGUUUGAAUAUUUUGUAUUGUUUAUUUGUCAAGAAUAAAGAGCAAUUACAUCUUA